AUGUCUCUCUUUUCCGCACACCAUCUUUUUUUUCUUUCCCUGUCUUCAUUUUUUUUUCUCCACUUAUCAUUUAAUACCAAUUCUUCUGUUUUUUUUCCUCCACGUAUUGUGGCUUGCUCCCCCAAAUCACUGCACCACAGGCAAGGAGAAACAAUAGAAUUGUUCUGCAAUGCAUCAGGUUCACCUGAACCCUCUCUCACGUGGAACAAAGAUGGCAAGCCACUGCACAGUUCAUCUCGGAUUCGUAUAGAAGGUUACAAAGUAAUCAUCCGCAAUGUGCACCGCAUUGAUGCUGGUGUUUACAUGGGCACAUUUGCCAAUAGUGUUGGUUCCGUAUCACAACUUAUCAAUUUGGUAGUUGAAGGCGCUGCUUACAUCAUGGUACCCCCUGAAAAUAUGACAGCAAUCGAAGGCCAGCGAAUCAAGUUUCAAUGUGGAGCGAUGGCCUAUCCAAGCAAUAUUACAUACAACUGGUUUAAAGACAAUGAAAACAUCAAGUUUCUUCCUGACUAUGGAGAUCGCAUCAACGCCUUUAAAGACGGCAGUCUUGUCAUCACAUCUGUCAUCAAAAACGACAUGGGAUGGUAUACAUGUCAUCCCACCAAUGGCAUAGGGGAGGACCCUAAGGCAUCUGCCUACCUAAAUGUUACAUGUGAGUCGUUCUAUGAUGUUGUAAAAUGGCACUUUCUUUCUUUAUUACCUCCCCUUAUUUGCAUUUGA